AUGGCCCAUCUUUUGCGAGGCAAGCAAGCCGGUAUCCAGAAGGAUCUGUCUGAGGGCUUGUCCCCAGACUUGUUUCUCCUGGACGACUUCGCUCGGUGUGGUAUAAACUCACAGAUCACCACCAUCGCAUACGAUCCUGUUCAAUCGCUCCUCGCCGUCGGUACCAGUGACUCCCAGUUUGGAAGCGGGCAGAUCUAUGUCUUUGGACAACGGCGGGUGUCGGCAGUCUUCAACUUCCCGCGCAAGGCGUCUGCACGCUUCCUUCAAUUCUGCGGUAGCAAGAUUGUGAGCAUUGACUCUAAGAAUGAAGUCAGUGUUUACUCUUUGGAGUUUGGGCGCAUGCUCGUGUCCUAUGCGCCCCCGGGCCAACCGACGGCCUUGUUAACAGACCCGAGCUUGGACUAUGCGUUUAUCGGCUUGUCAAAUGGUGAUAUCAUUGCGUACGACCUUGACAGAGAAACUAUGACACCUUUUAAAAUCCCCAACUUAUGGUUGGAACGCAAUCCUCGCGCGCGGUUCUCUCCUGUUGUGUCGCUGGCAUUUUCCACACGAGACAUUGGCAAGAUCCUAGUGGGAUACCCGGAGGGAGCAGUCACUUUCACAUUUAAGCAGAAUGUUGCGCAAAAGUUCUUCGUCUACGAGAUUCCUCCUGGGGCCCCGGGUGGAGAUGCAAUGCCAUCCAGGGAUGUGCGCAGACCCAAGCUGACCAACGCGAUUUGGCACCCAAAUGGUAUCUUCAUUCUUACAGUACAUGAAGAUACAAGUCUAGUGCUGUGGGAUACAAAGGACGGCCGCAAACUUCAUGCUCGGACUGUUCAAAAGCCCAACGUUGAUAGCCCUGAUUCUUCCAGACCUAGCUCGCCUGGAGAGCCUCCUGGGCCGAGAGAGCCUAUCACAAAAGUAGCUUGGUGUGCCAAAGGAAACCCGGAUGACACUGGCCUAUUGGUAGCUGGUGGUCGGCCAGUUGGCGACCAGGUUAAAGGCCUCGUGUUUCUGGACAUGGGCCCAACUCCCAAUUACCAGACUUCUUCAUGGCAGAUCCUGUCAAGCUACUUUGAGCGCUCACGGCGUGAGAUGAAUCUUGCCAUUCCACCGGGGGCUAAGGUUGUGGAAUUUUGUCUCAUCCCCCGGGCUUCACCUUACUUCAAUGGUGCUCAAGAUCCGAUUGCGCUUCUUGCUGUGCUAUCCUCGGGCGAACUUAUAACUUUGAGUUUCCCCAGCGGACACGCAAUUACUCCAACUAACAUGCUUCAUCCCUUCCUCACACUCGUUCAUCCAUUUGUGAAUAAAGCAGUGCUUACUCCCGUCGAUCGCUCUGUGUGGCUCGGUCUGAAAGAACGCCGCUCGCAAGGCCCUAAAUUCGCAAUGGGCGGCGCCGAAGCAAAGAACCCUCUUAAACGCUAUGAAAACCGCAAUGUCAUCUCCACAGCUCAUGCAGACGGUACCGUUCGCGUUUGGGAUUGUGGGCAUGAUGAUGAGAUCGAAAACAGCGAAGUGAUUCAAGUAGAUCUUGCCCGUGCUGUUGGUCGAGUGAAGAACAUCGAAGUAACGGAAAUGUCUUUUGCGAGUUCAGCUGGCGAGAUGUCUAUUGGCCUCAAGUCCGGCGAGGUUGUUAUCUUCCGGUGGGGCAAUAACCCCUCGUAUGGACAUGAGCAAGCUCCUGGUGCAAACCAAGGGCCUGGGAAAUUGACCCCAAUUAUCCAGCGGACAGACCCUGGCCUUAAAACAGGAUUGCUUCCGCUUACUAUGUUGGAUAUGCAACUAGGUCCAGUGACCGCAUUGAAGCACGGCCUAGUAGGAUUUGUGGCCGCUGGGUUCCAAGGUGGUGGCAUAGCGAUCAUUGAUCUGCGAGGCCCGGCAGUCAUACACACAGCACACCUGUCUGAGUUUAUCAAAGCACCGAAGCGAAGCAGUUUCGUCCGCAAGAGAAGUGGCUCGGAAGAUGCUCACCCCGAAUGGCCCACUAAUAUUGAGUUUGGUGUCAUGACACUAGAAAAUGACGACUAUUCCAGCAUUUGUUGCUUUGUCGGCACCAGCCGCGGUAAUGUGGCAACCUUUAAGAUCCUUCCCAGCCCCAAUGGCACCUACACAGCCGCUUUCGCUGGAUCUUCAUCAGUCGAUGACAAAGUGAUCAAUAUCAUUCCUAUUGAUGCAGACUCGGGUGGUCUUGCUAUUGCUACACCGAGUGUGGUUGGCAGUUUGAGAAGUGGUACCAAGGUCAACGGCGUUGUAUUUGCUGUGACUUCUGGUGGCUGUCGUAUCUUCAAGCCGCCAAUGUCGAAGGGGGCCCAUAAAGCAUGGGAAGACUAUAUCUGUGACUCGGCACAGGUCGUCAAAACCGAGGGCCGUGGCUACAGCUUGGUAGGUCUUUUUGGUGACGGCAAUGCUCGUGCACUCUCAAUUCCUAGCCUCCGAGAUAUUGGAUGUACCAAAAUCAAUCAUAUUGCGGACAUGCGACGACUUCCAGAAGCAUGCAUUACCCCAACUGGAAACAUCAUGACAUGGGUUGGUCCUUCAGAACUUGGGCUGUUUAAUGUCUGGGGAACUGGAAACAAAUUGAGUCCCUCAAAAGACCGUCUUUGGAAUCCUGCGGCUGUUUUACCCAGUCGGCCUACUAUCACCAACAUGCAAUGGAUCUCCGGAACACAAUACAUCUCCCCAGCAGACAUGGACAUACUAAUUGGAGGCCCAGACCGACCACCAUCAAAACAAAUGAUCGAACAAAUGAAACACGAAGACCAAGAACGCCGACAAGCCCAAAGAGAAGGACGAGCCCCACCACCCGAACAAAGCGGCAAUCAAGAAGGCUACUGGUCUUAUAUGUCACGUCAAGUCCAAGAACGCACAGAGCGACUAGGGAUAGUCGGAGAUAGCAUGGACAGACUCGAAGAAAACAGCAGCAACUUUGCUACCGACGUUGGCAAAUACGUACAGGCACAAAAGAGGAAGGCUGUCUUUGGCGCACUUGGUUCGAAGUUUGGGCUUUAG